AACACUACAGAUCGACCUAACUCACCGCCGCUUCGCUUAAUCGAUCGUUCACUCGUUCCUCUCUUCUCAUCUUCUUCGCAAGUCGCAGCUACCACCUACAGAGUUCUCAUCUACUUCGUUUCGCUUGGAGCUUCAAUCAAACUCGCUCCGGAUAUGUCUGGUGGUGAAGGAUCUGACUUAGAGGAUUAUCCAUCAAUCAGAGACACAGACUCGGAAGAUGAAGAGAGUGGUUCCUCUGAAAAUGAGGGUGAGCUCAACACCAGCAGAAAUGAUGGUUUGGCCAUUGAUCAUGGUAAUGAGGAGGAAAGUGAUAGUUCUGGACUUCAUGAAGCAGUCGAGGAAAGUGAUUCAUCUGAAGAUGAUGAGGUUGCUCCCCGAAAUACAAUUGGUGCUGUUCCCUUGGAGUGGUAUCGGGAUGAGAAACAUAUUGGUUAUGAUCUUACAGGGAAGAAGAUUAAAAAGAAGGAAAGAGAAGAUAAAUUACAAUCCUUUCUUGCUAGUGCUGAUGAUUCCAAAAAUUGGCGCAAAUUUUUGGAUGAAUACAAUGACGAGGAAGUAGAAGUGACAAAAGAAGAUAUGAAAACUAUAAAUAGAUUGCUUGAAGGAAAGGCGCCACACGGUGACUUUGAUCCAUAUGCGCCUUAUGUUGAUUGGUUUAAAUGGGAUGACUCAAAGCAUCCACUGUCAAAUGCCCCUGAACCCAAGAGACGAUUCAUUCCUUCAAAAUCUGAAAGUAAACUGGUGAAGAGGUUAGUAUUAGCAAUUCGGAAGGGUUUAAUUAAGCCUACAAAGGAUGAAGAAGAGGAAGAAGAAAGUGUUUAUCCCUUGUGGGGAGACGACUCUAAUUCAACGGAAAAGGAUGGUAGCCAUUUAUCUUACAUUCCAGCGCCAAAGCCAAAAUUGCCAGGGUAUGAGGAGUCCUUCAAUCCUCCUCCGGAAUUCAUCCCAACACAAGAAGAGAUUGAUGCUUAUCAGUUAAUGUAUGAGGAAGACCGCCCUAAGUUUAUACCGAAAAGGUUUACAUCUAUGAGAAGCAUCCCUGCAUAUGAGAAUGCUAUUAAGGAGUGCUUCGAAAGAUGUUUGGAUCUAUACUUGUGCCCCAGAGUUCGGAAGAAACGUAUCAAUAUUGAUCCUGAAUCUCUGAAGCCCAAGCUACCAAGCCGAAAGGAUCUCAAGCCUUAUCCUGUGAAAUGUUAUCUAGAGUAUAGAGGUCACAAAGACACAGUUACAUCAGUUUCCACAGAAGCUUCAGGGCAGUGGAUUGCAUCAGGUUCAUCGGAUGGAACUGUGCGUAUUUGGGAGGUUGAAACUGGUAGAUGUCUCAAACUCUGGGAGAUUGGAGAAGCUGUCACAUAUGUAGCUUGGAAUCCCAAUCCUGAGUAUUCCGUAUUGGCUGUCUCUGUGGGACAAGAUGUACUUAUUCUCAACACUGGUUUUGGGAAUGAAGAAGUACAGAAAAAAACUAAAGAACUUCUUUCGGCUGAAAGACCUACCACACCAGAUGACACGGCUACCUUCGUGAGCUGGAUUCAAGAUGAAACACAUGAGGGCACCAGGUUAAGACAUUUUAAGACUGUGUCUUCAGUGGAAUGGCAUCGUAGAGGAGACUACUUUUCAACGGUGGUGCCAGCAGGCCAAUCGAAAUCAAUUUUUAUGCAUAGGCUCUCUCAGAAGUCUACCCAGACAUUUUCAAUCAAGUUGGGUGGGCUUGCAGUUACUUCAGUUUUCCAUCCUGUUCGCUCCCACAUCUUCAUUUCUACAAAGAAAACUAUUCGCCAAUAUGAUUUGGUGAAGGGAAAGCAAAUCAGAAAGCUUGAUACAGGACUAAAAGAAAUCUCCUCCAUUGCAGCUCAUCCUUCUGGUGAUCAUGUAAUUGUGGGGAGCAGAGAAGGAAAAUUUUGUUGGUUUGAUAUGGACCUUUCAACCAAAAAACCUUACCUUAUUCGCCAGUGGCAUAAGAAGGACAUCAACAAUGUGUCUAUCCAUCGUUUAUAUCCGUUGUUUGCAACAUGCUCUGAUGAUUGCGCUGUACAAGUUUCUCAUGGCAUGGUUUAUUCAGAUCUUAACCAGAACCCUCUUAUAGUUCCACUGGAAAUACUCCGAGGUCAUGCAAGCUCAGAUGGGAGAGGUGUAAUGGAUUGCAAAUUCCACCCAAGGCAGCCCUGGUUGUUCACGGCCGGUGCUGACUCGGUGAUCAGACUUUACUGCGAUUGAGAAGAAAAGAGAUGAAAUUGCAUUCAUACACAGUACUUAUUGAUCUAGCAUCAUCAGUUGGGUCACAAUUUUCUGUGCUCCGAAAUCUAAAUACAUUGUUCAUCUUUUGGAUGUCUAGUAUCAAUAAUUGUUCAAUCCCAAUUUUGACACCAUACAACUGGUCCUUAUUAAAUUUGUUUUCCUUUUCUAUUUGCGUUUCGGCGGGCAUUAUAGACGGGAUAAUCUGAGAUUAUGAUGUUCGUGUCAUAGCACCAAAAGUCCAAAACUAAUGGUGGUUUGGGUUGGGUUUCAGCCCUUCUUUAGGGAUGUGGUGCGGGCUUUUAUGUAUUAAGUUCUCGAUUAUGCCAAGCAUACAAUUAUUUUA